GCGCUGUCACUACUGCCAAAUACAUAAACUGUCAAACAGUAAUUACAUUCUAAAAUAAAUUAGCUCGUUGCUAAAACAUUAUUUAUUAUUUAUUUGUAAAAAAAUUGUAAAAGCUUAAAAGUGUGCAGCUUAAAGAAACAGAAAACGGCAAACAAUCAUAACAAUAUAAAGAAAUUCCUACAACAAGACAAGAGUGGCCAUACAGCAUGUCCUCUCGUGGACGAGAUGAGCACAUUCCACAUCCGCAUUCAAUGCAAUCGACGCCUGGCGUGACUUCAUCUAGUUCCUCGCGUACACUUUCAUUGGCGGAGAAACAGAAAUACAUCGAAGAAUAUGAUUUUCCAUAUUGUGACGAAUCUUCCAAAUAUGAGAAGGUAGCAAAAAUAGGUCAGGGCACAUUCGGUGAAGUGUUUAAGGCACGCGAAAAGAAGGGUAACAAAAAAUUCGUCGCCAUGAAGAAAGUGCUAAUGGAUAACGAAAAAGAAGGCUUUCCUAUUACUGCGCUACGUGAAAUACGUAUAUUGCAACUGUUGAAACAUGAAAACGUAGUGAAUCUAAUCGAAAUCUGUCGUACCAAAGCGACUGCCAGCAACGGCUACCGUUCAACAUUUUAUUUGGUCUUUGAUUUUUGUGAACACGAUUUGGCCGGAUUGUUAUCCAAUAUCAAUGUUAAAUUCAGUCUUGGCGAAAUCAAGAAGGUUAUGCAGCAACUAUUAAACGGUUUAUAUUAUAUACAUAGCAAUAAGAUUCUGCAUCGUGACAUGAAGGCAGCUAAUGUACUUAUUACCAAACACGGCGUGUUAAAAUUGGCUGAUUUUGGUUUGGCGCGUGCGUUUAGCAUACCGAAAAAUGAUGUUAAAAAUCGUUAUACAAAUCGUGUUGUUACAUUGUGGUAUCGACCACCAGAAUUGUUGCUCGGUGAUCGUAAUUAUGGUCCACCUGUAGAUAUGUGGGGUGCUGGUUGUAUAAUGGCUGAAAUGUGGACACGUUCACCCAUUAUGCAAGGCAAUACUGAACAACAACAACUAACAUUCAUUUCUCAAUUAUGCGGUUCAUUCACACCGGAUGUUUGGGCUGGAGUCGAGGAAUUAGAAUUAUACAAACCCUUAGAAUUACCUAAGAAUCAGAAGCGUCGUGUCAAGGAACGCUUGCGACCCUAUGUUAAGGACCCCAAUGGCUGUGAUCUACUUGAUAAGUUGUUAACACUAGAUCCAAAGAAACGUAUCGAUGCGGACACUGCGCUGAAUCACGACUUCUUUUGGACCGAUCCAAUGCCCAGUGACUUGAGUAAAAUGCUUUCGCAGCAUUCUCAAAGUAUGUUCGAAUAUUUGGCACAACCGCGUCGCAGCAAUCAGAUGCGAAAUUAUCAUCAACAAAUGGCGACAAUGAAUCAAAAGCCGCAGGAUAACAGUUUGAUAGAUCGAGUUUGGUAGUUUUUAGUAAUUUUAGUAUGGUUUCGUCGACUCGCGUUGAAUGCCGUAACUACUAAUAUUUGCACCGCAUUUGUGCUACCAUGCGUUGUAUCCGUGGUGUUUUCUUACUUUUCAAUUUAACUCAGAUUUACCAUUAGGUACAUACUUAGUUAUAGGUUUAUAUAUUUAAAUUAAAAUGAAAAUUAGUGUGUGUAUUUGAAUUAAAGGCUGAAGCCGCAGUGUGUAUGCGCAAAUAAAUUUCGUUUAUACAUA